AUGUCUGGCGUUUGGAUCUUCAAGAACGGCGUUGUCCGCUUGGUCGAGAACCCCGGCGCCAAUCCUUCGUCGGGCUCGAACUCGAGGCGCAAAGUGUUGGUUCACUCACCAUCGAAUGAAGUGAUAACAUCGUAUGCUGAUCUUGAGAGGAAGCUGGUUCCGCUCGGGUGGGAAAGGUACUACAAUGAUCCAGAUCUCCUUCAAUUCCACAAGAGUGCCACGGUUCAUUUGAUAUCCCUUCCCAAGGACUUCAACAAGUUCAAGUCCGUGCACAUGUACGACAUCGUCGUGAAGAACCGCAACAUCUUCGAAGUUAGGGAUGCAUGAUCUUUAUCACAUAGAUGACGUUGCUCCGUCGUGUGAGUUUAUCUUAGCAUUUUUAUGACUGAAUGAAUGAAGCUCAGGUGGAUUUAUGUACGAGAGAUUUACAGGACCUGGUUAACAAAAUGAAGUGUCAGUUUGUAAAUUAAGUGCGUCCCAAA